GUCCACGAGGCAAGCAUAGCACAGACUUCUCUGAGCCAGGUGCUGCCCCAGCUGCACUACCUGCAUAUCUUCCUGGAGCAGGUUCACAGGUACUUUGAGGAUCAGAGUAUUAGGGAGGUGGGUACAGCCAUCCCUGCCAAAAGCUUGACCCUGCAGCUCUCCACAGACUGUCAGCUCAAUGAGCUCCUCUACCAAGAGGAGUUUGAGCUGGCCACAUCGGACCCCCGCUUCAAGGGCAAGAUUGAGGCCAUCCUGCCUGUUGGGGCUGACAUUGACCACUGGAAGCAAGUCCUGGUGUACAAGGUGGAGGAGAUUAUGAUGUCUGAAUACCCUCUGCCCUCUCCAGGCCCCCUACAGAGACCCAGGAGCCUGCAUAUGAACCCCACUGGAGUAGCCAAGAGUCCUGGGAUGGAGAGGAAGAGCCAGGAGGAGCCUCUGCAGAGCAGUGGCUGCUCCAGGGCCUUCCUGCUAGCCCAGAGGGAGAAGAGCUUGCUGGAGUGGCCAGAAAGUGUGGGGCUGCUGGCCUUCAAGAGUGGUGACCUCUGCACAGAGAGCCACCUGGCCAGAGUCAUUGUCAAGAUGCUAUGGGAGAAUGAGACCGUUGGGCCCCAGGAGGAACCCCUGGCAUACUGGGAGAAGAAGUGAGAAGUCUGACCAGCCCUAGUCGCCUGGCCACCAUCUAUC